AUGUCUGAGCGUGACUCGUUCUUCGUGGUAUACAUACCGGCAGAUGAAGCCAAGGGCCUAGAAGAGUGGACUGUUAAGCUUCCGCAAGACAAAAAGGCACAACUAGGAUGUCUCACUGAGCGUCUCCGUGACCAUUUCAAGAGUAGUGCUACUGCAACUUCCAAGCUGCAACAAGAUGAGACGUUCAAGCAGCAAUUGCUGACUCAACUGCCCAAAGGUGCCACACUGACGGAUGAGAUGCUACAGAUGAUGUUGCAAAUGGAUAGUCUUGUGGAUGCGAUCCCGCUUGUAUUAAAUACACCAGAUGUUAAGCACGUGGGUAUCAAUAUGUACGUAGAUGACAAAGGCACAGCCAAGGCAUUACCUACCAAUGUCCGCGCGUCGGCGAUUGCUCAGGCAUGUGGAAAGAUUUUGGAGGUAAAAGGCGACGCGUUUAUCGCACGUGUAUUUGACAACGAUGAUGACUUUGUGCGCAUGGACUUUCGGUUAAGUGAAGUGUCGGGUGAUGCUCCAUGGGUAGAAAUGGCUAAGUUGCAGUCUGCUGCGUCUGCGACAGGUAAUGGAAGAGCGGCCGAAGGGGCUGCUUUAGCUCGUGCUAAGACUUCGGGCAAGAUUAUGCUACCUGGAUCAAUUCAGCGCAUUUGCGGUGCUGACCGCUGCUCGAAAAAUGGCACGUUGCGAUGCUCUCGAUGCAAGGCUCAGUUUUACUGCAGUCCUGAAUGCCAGAAGACAGAUUGGAGAUUGCACAAGGUUGGAUGCCACAAGUGA